AUGGCACCACGAGAUCCUCACAUGCUUAAGAUGUCUACCGAACCCAGCGAAACGCCACACGUCCUCAUCCCCGGGCCUCCGGGCCGUCUUUUCUUCGGCAACUUCUGGGAUAUCGAAUCUCGAAACACGGUCGACUCAUUGUGCAGACUGACUGAUGUCUAUGGGCCAAUCUGGAAGUUCCAUCUCGGCAGCGAAGAAAGGAUCGUGGUUGGGUCGCAGGCUUUGUUGGAUGAGGUGUGCGAUGAGGCACGUUUUGCCAAAGUCAUUGCUGCUAACCUCAAGCAAGCCCGCAACGGCGUGCGAGACGGCCUGGGUACCGCAUUCGCCCCGGAAGAGAAAAAUUGGGGCAUCGCGCACCGUAUAUUGGCUCCGCACUUCGGUCCGCUGGCGAUCCAAAGCACGUUCGGCGAGAUGCAGGACAUAGCUACACAACUCGUGCUGAAGUGGGCACGCCACGGGGCGGAUUACGACAUACAUGUGGCAAGCGACUUCACAAGACUAACACUGGACGUGAUUGCGCUGUGCACUAUGGACUAUCGCUUCAAUUCUUUUUACAGAGAACACAUGCAUCCAUUUGUAGAUGCGCUAGAAAGCUUCCUCAAAACGAAUGCAGGUCGUGCGAAGAGGAUCGCGGCCAUGCAACCGCUUCACCUCUUCGAGAAUCACACAUACUGGGGUGACAUCGAGCGGCUGCGAGAGACGGCACAUGAGGUCAUCAAAGAAAGGAAGAACCACCCGAAUGAGAAGAAGGAUCUGCUUAACGCCAUGUUGCAUGGAGUUGACCCUCUUACGAGCGAACGAAUGACGGUCGAUAGCAUCGUCAACAACAUGAUCACCUUCCUGUUCGCUGGCCAUGAGACGACCUCGGGCCUCCUCUCCUUCACCUUCUACUACCUUCUCAGCAACCCCGCAACGUAUGCAAGGGCCCAGCAAGAGGUCGACAAUGCUAUUGGUCGAGAGAGCAUCACGCCCGCGCAUCUUUUCAGGCUUCCCUAUCUCAGUGCUGUACUCCGCGAAUCACUGCGACUGUCGCCUACUGUUCCCGCAGUUGCACUCGCCGCCAAAGAGGAUACCACACUGGGUGGACAGUACCGGGUCAAGGCCAAGGCCCCGAUCAUCGCCCUCUUUGCAUCAGUACACAGAGACCGACUUGUGUAUGGAAGCGACGCCGACGAGUUUCGCCCAGAUCGCAUGCUCGACAGCGAGUUUGAAGAACGCAACCGACAGUUUCCAAACUGUUGGAAGCCGUUUGGCAAUGGCAUGCGAGGCUGCAUUGGACGCUUUUUUGCGUGGCAGCAAGCGCUUCUUGUCACAGCGACGCUCCUGCAGAGUUUCGAUCUGUCCAUGAGCGACCCACUGUAUCGCCUGAGAACCAAGGAGACGAUAACGGUGAAGCCCGAGGGCUUUCGCAUGCGCGCUCGACCACGACCGGGUGUAGCUCUACUAACGCUUUCACGGCCCUUGUCGUCAGCAGCUAGUGCCGAUACUACAUCGAGCAGUUUGGGGCUCCGGGCGGAUGCGCCGUCGGCCGGAGCGGUUGACGUGUACUAUGGCUCCAACAGCACGGGCGAGCAGCUAGCCAACCAGCUCGCCAGCCAUGCAGCAGAUCAUGGCUUCACCAUUGGGAAGAUAGGCACGUUGAAUGCUGCGAAAGGAAAUUUAUCGCAAACGAACCCCGUCGUGAUAAUAGCGGCAUCAUACAAUGGUCAACCCGCUAGCAACGCGGCAGAGUUCGUGGCCUGGGUCAAGACACUCCGCUCCAGUGAGCUUGCCGGAGUCGCUUUUGCCGUGUUUGGAUGCGGCCACCAAGACUGGGCCCGUACUUUUCUGAAAAUACCCAACUACCUAAACGGCGUGUUGGAGGAACGCGGUGGCAUGAGACUGGCUCCCAUGGGCACGACAGACACGGCCCACAACAGGGCCGCAGCCGAUUUUGCAGCCUGGGCAAAAGACAUCUUCUGGCCUGCUGUGCAAAAGAGGUACUGUCACACAGACGUGUCGGCAGCCCAGGAUUCAGAACCUGUCGUACAAGCUGAGGUUUUUGUCCCUGAAGCAACGGCGUUGCGACGCAAUCUUUACAGGGCUCGAGUCGUCGCGAGCGAGACAUUGUCUUCGAACGAAGUUUCUGUCAAGAGCCACCUAGAGAUCGCGCUGCCACCAGACAUGCCAUAUCGGACCGGCGAUUGUCUAGCUAUCCUGCCCCAGAACCCAAGACACAUCGUGCGUCGCGCGCUGAAUCGGUUGGGCCUGACUGGGGAUAGCGUCCUGUCCAUCUCCAGUGCUACUUCUACCGCGCUUCCUCUUUGCACGCCCAUGAGGGCUGCAGAAGUUCUCCGUGCGUAUGUUGAGCUCCAACAACCGGCUAGCAAGAAGAACAUACUAGACAUGCUGAAAGCGACGGACGACGAGACGUCAACCGCGGAGCUUAAACGCCUUGCGGGCGAGGCCCAUCACAAUGAGGUUGUUGUCAAGCGCGUGUCGUCGCUCGAUCUGCUGGAGCGGUUUCCUGCCGUCAACAUCUCGCCCGGUGCCUUUCUUUCCAUGCAGCCGCCGAUGAACAUUCGACGUUAUUGCAUUUCGUCUUCCCCCCUAUGGAAUGCUUCCUGUGCUACACUGACAUACUGCGCUGCAGACGGGCUGGCACACCCGCAGGCUUCCGGGCCGGCAUCAGCGUACCUGUCUUCUCUAGCUGCUGGUGACGAGGUGUCCGUUCGCGUGGAGGAAUGUGCUGAUAAGUUUCGUACGCCCGGAGCCGCAGACAAUGUGCCGCUCGUUCUGAUUGCUGCAGGAACCGGUAGGAGACGCUGCAUUCCUGUUGCCGUUCCCUCACUAAUAGUAGAGGCAGGCAUCGCGCCAUUUCGCAGUUUCAUACAAGAACGAGCAGCGCAACUGGCCACCGGCCGCACCCUCCCGGCUGCCCUGCUCUUCUACGGAUGUCGCUCACGCGCGGAUCAUCUCUACUUUGACUCCUUCCAACGCUGGCAGCAACUCGGCGCUGUAGCUAUCCACCACGCGUAUUCACGCACGCCAGACCAGUCACAAGGAUGCAGAUACGUGCAAGACCGAAUUUCGCACGACAGAGCCGCGGUUGUGAAGCUACUCAUGACAGGGGCUCGCAUUGCCGUGUGCGUGCCCGAGUGCGCUGUCGCGGGAGUCGGAGAGACUCUGGUCGACGUCUUGAGAGAGACAAGAGAUGCGAAGGCCCAGCGAGCCGUGCUGGAGGCACAGGGCGAGAGCACCGAGAUGCAGCCUGCAGACAUUCAGCUCGAGAGUGCAUGGCACGUAUGGAAAGGUGCGUCUAGGGCUGAGGCUUAG